UUUAUAUAUGUCGAUGUUUGGAAUCUUGUUCAUUAUGAAAUUUUUUCUACACAUUAUUCAAUAUGGUUCACUAUGGUUUACAUUUCCGUUUUCCAUAUAACAAUUUUCCAUUCUGACGCGAGUGACGUCAUUGUGGCGUAAUGUGGUCUUCUAUCAUUCUUGGCUGUUUAUAAGAAGUUGACAACAACCAGAAGAGUUGUAUUCCAGUUCCAAUUCGAUCAGAAUUAAUGUAGUAAAAUAAUAGCUGUCAUCGAUUGGCUAACUGCUAUAGACAAGCCAAUCGAACAAACUUUCCAAAUUUUUAUACGAACUGGCAGCACUGAAAUCGAAUUGUCUAUACUUGGGCGCACUGAAGUUUUUGACAGUUCGUUAAAAAAACAAUUUAAUUUUCAAAGUUGGAAAAGAUUUUAUGUUAAAAACGAAAAUGGAAAACAACGAGUAUUUUAAUUUGGUUUCUCAGUAUUUACAAAAUGAAGAGGAGCUUAUGAUUGGGAGUGCUGGUAUACUAGCCUUUUUAGAUGAAUUGCCAUCUAGAUCCAGCUCGGAAUCUUCAUCAAGCUCUGAGGAAUCGGAAAGGGAGGAAACCUCUAAAUGCCAAAACUUUUGCCAAGUCAUUGAUGGCUAUGGUGAGAAUGAAUUCAAAUCGCACAUGAGAUUGCGGCGUUCGACCGUGGAAUUUUUAAUAGAGAAAUAUACAAAUAGCAUUGAGCCCAAAACAAAUACUGGUGGAAGAGAAAUUGUACCACCUAGAAAAAAAAUUUAUAUUUAUAUUUGGUACAUCAGUAACACCGUCACUUUUAGGCAGCUUGCUAAUUUGUUCGGAGUGUCUUCUUCAACUGCUUGGACUAUAGUACCGGGUGUGACUAGUUGGGUUAUAUCGAUUUCUUUCGAAUACGUUCGGUGGCCAAACAGUACUGUCGCAGUUGCAACAAAAGAAAGUUUGAGGCAAGAUGUGGUUUACCAAAUGUUAUCGGUUGUAUAGACUGCACUCAUAUCCGUAUAAAAGCUCCUAGAGAAAAUAAAGAAAAUUAUUUCGAUAGAAAGCAUACAUAUAGUAUAGUGCUUCAAGCAGUUGUGGAUGCUUAUAAAAGAUUCGUAGAUGUAACUUGUGGUGAACCUGGUUCUCUUCAUGACAGCGUUCUUCGUAGAUCGCAUCUUUUUGCACUAGCGCAGACAGAAUCAGAGAGACUAUUUCCAAAUGAGGCUUCCAUUUUGGGCGAUUCAGCAUACCCUGCUACAAAUUGGUUGGGACCACCUUUUAAAGACUAUGGAAACUUGACCGCAUCGCAACGAAAUUUAAACAAAUUACACUCUUCUACACGUUUAGCUGUAGAAAAUGCUUUUGGUUUGUUAAAAAUAAGAUUUAGAAGAAUAUUACAUUUUACUGAACAAUCAAAUAUUUGUUUUGUAGUGAAUAUAAUUGUUAGUGCUUGUGUUCUUCAUAAUAUAUGUAUAACUGUCGAUGAUUUAAGUAUUGAAAAUGACCAAGAUGAAGAUUUAGAAAACAGUUUACAAGAUGAGUCCCAUGAUGUUCAUCAACAAACAAAUAGUAGUAGGCGAGAUGAAUUAUUUCAAUAUUUGCAACACCAUAACUUAAUAUAAAUAAAAACAUGAAAUUUAAACAAAACAACUUCUUUUUAUUUCAAAUUGCUUUAUUACAUUCAUUACAUGAAUGAAACAAAAUAAAGAUUUCAUGA